UACCAGGUGCAGUGACAACCAACAGAGCCAUGGACAAGGAAUAUGUGGGGUUUGCGGCCCUCCCCAACCAGCUGCACCGCAAGUCUGUCAAGAAGGGGUUUGACUUCACACUCAUGGUGGCAGGCGAGUCAGGCCUCGGGAAAUCCACCCUCAUCAACAGCUUGUUCCUCACCAACCUCUACGAAGAUCGGCAGGUGCCCGAUGCCAGUGCACGAACCACACAAACUCUGACCAUCGAGCGCCGGGGCGUGGAGAUCGAGGAGGGAGGCAUCAAGGUGAAGCUGACCUUGGUGGACACGCCCGGCUUUGGGGACUCUGUGGACUGCUCAGACUGCUGGCUGCCUGUAGUCCGAUUCAUUGAGGAGCAGUUUGAGCAAUACCUCAGGGACGAGAGCGGCCUCAACAGGAAAAACAUCCAGGACUCCAGAGUCCACUGCUGCCUCUACUUCAUCUCACCCUUCGGCAGAGGGCUCCGCCCCCUGGAUGUGGCUUUCCUCCGGGCAGUGCACGAGAAGGUCAAUGUUAUUCCGGUCAUCGGCAAAGCAGAUGCCCUGAUGCCUAGGGAAACUCAGGUUCUCAAGCAGAAGAUCCGGGACCAGUUGAAGGAGGAGGAGAUCAACAUCUACCAGUUCCCAGAAUGUGACUCUGAUGAGGACGAAGAAUUCAAGAAGCAGAAUGAAGAGAUGAAGGGAAGCAUCCCUUUCGCGGUGGUUGGUUCCUGUGAAGUGGUGAGGGAUGGCGGAACCCGACCAGUGAGGGGACGCCGCUACUCCUGGGGUACCGUGGAAGUGGAGAAUCCACAUCAUUGCGAUUUCCUAAACCUGAGGCGGAUGCUGGUACAGACCCACCUUCAGGACUUGAAAGAGGUGACCCACGAUCUGCUCUACGAGGGCUAUCGGGCUCGCUGCCUACAAAGUCUGGCUCGACCUGGGGCCCGGGACCGAACCAGCCGCAGCAAGCUUUCCCGGCAGAGUGCCACGGAGAUCCCACUGCCCAUACUGCCUCUAGCCGACACUGAGAAGUUGAUUCGCGAGAAAGACGAAGAGCUGCGCCGCAUGCAAGAAAUGCUGGAGAAGAUGCAAGCUCAGAUGCAGCAGAGCCAGGCUCAGGGCGAGCAGUCAGACUCGCUGUGAGAUCCUCACCACCGCCCAACCUAGCAUCUGCUCACCGCCAAUCUCCGGUCACGUCGGGCUCUAGACUGCCCAGCGUCCAAUCCAGAGACCUAGAGGGUAGGCCCGCCCUUGCACUUGAAACAGGUCCCUCCAAUCCGAAAGUUUGUAGCCCCGCCCAACUCCACCCUCCGCGCUGUUCUGAGCCGCCCUCCGACUCCUGAUGGCCGGUUCCACUUAGGUUUCUCUAAGUUCUCCGUAUAAUAAAAACUGCUUA